CGGGCGAUCACACACACACACACACACACUUAGCUUGUGAGACAGUCAAUGUGAGAGCAGCCCUACCUGUCCAACUGCAUGAGAUCAAAACAUUGCCGCCUCAUAUCAAAGAAGAACCCCCAACAGAUCUAGCGGUGUAGAGAAUGACCAGAACAAGGAAGAGCAGAGAGUUGCUGUUUCUAGCUGUGUUAUUGAUAACAUUGACAGCAUGUCUAGCUGAAGAUGAAGAGACUGGUAUCGGAUGCCCAGAAAUCGCUUGUCGAUGUCCUUUUGGGACUUACUGGACGACCGACUCUAAAGGAUGUACUACGUGCUCUUGUCUCCCCCAAAACUGCUCCGUAGACUGCUUGAAUCUCAAUUGCCCCAACGGCCGAAUAGUAGCCCCAGACGGAUGCCCAACUUGUUCUUGCCAGCCAGUAGAAUGCAGACUCGCUAAUUGCCCUAUAAAUGAAUGCGCCAACGGCUUCGCUAAAGACAAAAGAGGAUGUAUAAUCUGUCAGUGCAAUAAAUGCCCGUUGUUGAUUUGCCCGAAUAUGAUGUGUCCUCAACAUUUUAUUUACGAAGUGGAUCAAUACGGAUGUAGAGUCAAUUGUACUUGCCUAGGCCUUGAAUGUCCAGUGCAUGACUGCUUACCGGACACUUACUGCCCCAACGGCUUCGCUAUGGACGCAAAUGGCUGCUCAACAUGUAAAUGCCAAUUGAUCGAUUGUCCAGUUUUGACAUGUCAAGCGUGCCCUAACGGUUUCCUGUCUGACUCAAACGGCUGUCUGACAUGCCAAUGCAAGCUUUAGAGUGUUCAUCCGUUUACGACAUCGCAACGGCUACAAAACUGUUUAGAACAGCUGACAAAUUUGUAAACGUAAACUUUUAAUUUUUAAUAUUUCUAAUAAAGAAAUAGAAUGAAAUCCACAUUGUCCAAGCUUAAAUCAACUCGCGUUUUUUGAAGUUUCACACAAUUAUAUUUUGUAGCAAACAAGAUAUGAAUCAAUACAAAAAAUCUACUAUUUAGUUAACUAACUAUUGGUAUCCCUAACCCUAACACUACUAUCUUUGUACUAUCCAUUUCUCCCACAGACAUUCUCAGAAGUUGAUGUUUUACACAAUUAUAUUUUGUACCUAGCACGAUAUGAAUCUAUAAAGAAAUCAACUAUUAUUUUGUUUGGUAUCGAAAGGGGAAAAUAAAUGCUAGUUUUUGAGAGAUGUG